AUGAGACUUUUCAACAGCAGUAAUUUCCAAUUUUUCCUGCUUUCUGGUUUUUCUGGCUUGGAAGUUUAUCAUCCUCAGCUCUCCAUUCUCUUCUGUGCCUUAUAUCUAAUUGCCAUUAUUGGAAAUAGUACUAUAUUGAUGGUAAUCUGGGUGGAACAAUCUCUGCAUGAACCCAUGUACCUUUUUCUAUCAAUGCUUGCCAUCAGUGACUUGGGUCUCUGUGCCACCACUUUACCUACAAUACUUAGGAUUUUCUGGUUCAAUAAUCGUGAAAUAUACUUUGAUGCAUGCCUUGCCCAGAUGUAUUUUAUCCACAUUUUCUCCAUGAUAGAGUCAGGCAUCUUACUGUCAAUGGCUUUUGACCGCUAUAUAGCCAUCUCCAAUCCUCUCAGAUAUACUACUAUCCUGAGCAGUGCUAACAUUGUGAAAAUUUCUCUAGGGUUUGUGUUAAGGGCAUUUAUUAUCCUAAUUCCAGCCCCUGUCCUCAUCAAGCAAUUAAAAUUUUGUCAAGCCAAUGUACUUUCCCACUCUUAUUGUCUACAUCCAGAUAUUAUUAAGCUCUCCUGUUCUGACCAUCGUGUUAACAGCUUUUUAGGUCUUACUGUCAUAAUCAUCACAUUUGGGGUUGACUCUGUGCUCAUCCUGCUAUCUUACGUGAAAAUUCUGACCACAGUGCUGAGUAUUGCCUCCCAGGAGGAAAGAGUCAAGGCCCUCAAUACUUGUGUUUCCCACAUCUGUGCUGUGCUGUUGGUCUACGUUCCUAUGUUGGGAGUAUCCAUCAUUCACCGCUUUGGGAAGUAUGUUCCAUCUAUUGUUCAUAUCAUCAUGGGCUAUGUCUAUUUGUUGGUGCCUCCUGUUCUCAAUCCAGUUGUCUACUGCAUCAAGACCCGUGAGAUACGUAUACGUAUUCUGGGGCUUUGCCAGAAAAUACCAAGCAAUAAAUGUUAG